AUGCAGGGACAAAAAGCCGAACGAGGCCCCAGGGGCAAAUAUGCUCGUUUAAUCUGCCGGGGCUGUCGAGCUCGCAAAAUCAAAUGCGUGUUGCCUUCCUCCGCGGCAUCAUUAGGCCCACUGGGCACUCCACAGCCCCCAGCAACAAGCUGUGAGAGAUGCCGCAAUCUCGAUCUGGAAUGCAUUAUCGAGAACACUCCUCUAGGACGUCCAACAGCGAAACGCGCAAAUCGCGGAAAUGUGGCUAGCAAAUCGCCCCAGCCAGACCCAUCCAAAUCCCCGCGUCAAGGCCCCCACGAUGACGAGAAAGCAGCCAAGCUCUCCGAAUCGAUCCAGCAGUAUCUUUUCUCGGGCGCGAUAGACGAAAAGCCCAUGCUGCAACGAUCGCAAGAUGCAACAGAUCCUGCAUCCGACGACGAUGGACUGUACCAUGCUAUGGCAAACACCAGCACUUUUAUCGCAGGGGUCUUGGCUAAAAACACUACUUUUGGCUCUGACAUUCAGCUGGUGUCCACCUGGAGCACCCCUCUUACAGAUAUAAUCAGCCAUGAUCUCGCUGCCACACUUGAUAACUUAUUAGUGUGGCAGCGUCUCUUCGUUCUGGGCACACCAAGCCUGCUCCACUUGAGAGAGCGCUUGUUGUCAACCGAUCCCAAUACCAAUAAUGUCGCCACCAAGCUGCUUUUUGCAGUGCUCUGUCUGGCCGCAUGUGAAAGCUCAGAGGAAGGUCGCCGUCAGAAUGGAUCUCUCAAAGAUAGUCUGCAGCAGGCUGUUUCGUCAUACGGCCAGGAUUUUAUCUUCAGUCCUCCGACACAUAUCGACUCUGUUGCUGUUUGUCGCUUUUUAUCGGCCUUCAAACCAACCGCUUUGGCCAUGUCAAAACGGACUGCAAAUCAGUCCGUUAAAGCCGAGCUUUAUAUGGCUCUGGCUUACCGUAUCGCAGAGCGACUGAGAUUGUUGCCAGAGCCAGGGAUCAUGCCCUUUCUGGACACGACUUCCAUCGACAGUGUGUUGAUGGAGCGUGAGCUAAUCAUGUCAAUCCAAGGACUUGAGAUAAUAGCCGAGGAAUUUUUGAUGGGCGAUUUUCUGACCAUGACCAUGCAAGGUUUCCGGCAGGUUCUCCAGCGGAUGCAACCACAUAUUGACUCCUACCAGCUGCUCUUGGAGACACAAUCCUGUUCACCAGUCAUAAUCUUCCAUAUCAAAUCAAUUACGGCUACGUUUAUGCAGAUUGAGGCAAUGGCGAAUUCAAGGCAGUCCUGGAUGAAUCCCAGUCGGUUGUUCAUCGUUGUCGAAGAGGGCGAAAAGAAAUGCCUCGCUGAAGUCAACUCUGUCUAUCAUUUACUCUCAGAGGCAGCCGGAGAUGAACAGCAGAAUGAGGUGAUAAUCAUGUCCUCACUGCUGGAGCUGCGCUUUCAUGCAGUAAUUGCCAAAAUCUUUGGCCUCGGGCUUUUCUACAUAUCCGUCUUUAAAGCAAGAGCUGAAGGCAAUGGGCCACCAAAGACCACGGAAAUUCGCCGCGAUGAAGCGAGCCAGAUGGGUAACACCGUCAUUAACUCCAUAAUGACAACUCCCGAAUCUGAAGGGGACUCUCAGUUUUACGCCUUCCUGCGUCAUUUUGGAGGACGAUAUCCUGACAAGCUGCAAGGGAUCCUGGAUAAAUUCAUGGAGUGCGCAACAAUCAAGCUGGGUGGCAACCCCUGCAUUGUGCCAGUCCGACCAAUAGUAAUUGAGAUUGUGAAUCUGUGUAAAAAUAUCGUGGAAAACAACCUGAUCCGAUUCAAGGCCUCCGGAAAACUACAUCCCAGCUUUGACAAACAACUCCACCUUUUCAAACAGUGCGCCAAUGCGCUGGUCGCCAUGGUGUCCCAAUCAGGAAAUACUCCGGAGGCUGCCUUUAGGAGCGGCUGUAUAUAUUCUGCAAGCAGCAAAAUGCUGGAUGGUCUGUGGGAUUUGAUGAAGAGUUUGGGAUUUCAGGCUUCUCUCGUCAAAGGCUGGGACGAGGCUCUGGGUGCCGUAAAUAUGUCUGAAACUAUGACCGAGCCCUCCGCUAUGCCAGAUAUGCACUUCAAUUCCUUCGAGGCAUGGAACCUGUGGCCGUAUCCGGCUAUAAUGCACCAUGCUUCCCAACCACCGGACGUCUCUGAGUGGAGUCAAUCAUCUACAGCCACUUGGUUCCCAAACCCAAUGACUGAUCUCCUCAACACUGACGUGGGUUAUCCGGGUACAACUGCUGGGUUCGAAGGCAGCAUGCCCCCGUUUGACUAA